GGGUGACGAGCCAAGCAACUGCUGCACUCGACUUUCACAACAAUGAUUUCAUAAGGUGCAAUCCAAUUGGUACAUAUGCACAGUAUGUUGCACUGGUUACAUAGCUGUGCUUUUAUGGCGAUGGACGGAGCGUUAAUCCGUAUGGAGUUUAUGGACGCGUUGCCUACUUCAUGCACUUCUAUCAUUUGCUACCAGAUGUAGUUUACGUGAACAUGUUGCAAUUGGCCCUUUUUCUAUUAGUCUUGGGACAUGGCCUAACUUCUUUUCCAAGCGCGGACGCUGCGAAACCUGGGAAAAUAGUGAAGGCGAUCUGGGAUGAUGAAAGCGUACUUAACGAAACUCAAGUGGAGCAGCUUCGGCAGCAAGCCUGGGAGAUGUUUGACCAUGGCUACACGAACUACAUGAAACAUGCUUUCCCAAAGGACAACCUGCUCCCCUCCAGCUGCGGCGGGCGGGACUGGCAGGGCGGGCUGGCCAUCACGCUGGUGGACUCGCUGGAUGCGCUCAUGCUGCUGGGCCGGCGGCAGGACCUGGUGGAGGCGGUGGAGCUGGUGCGGACCCACCUGUCCUUCGACAAGGACAUAAAGGUCCACGUGUUCGAGACGGUGAUCCGGGUGCUCGGCGGGCUGCUCUCCGGCCACAUGCUGCUGGCACGCAACCCGCAACUGCUGGACACAACCGCCGCCGCAACGAUACACGUGCCG